GCUUACACUGCACCGGGGCGUAAGAUAAUUUGCGAAGUACCUUCUCGCUGGAGUAAGGUAGGAAAAACCCUAAUAGAACUUUAGCCCGUUCGAGCUCUCUCCUCGAAAACCCUAGCCCUAAUCUUGCCGGAAAUGGCGUUCUCGGGGCGGAUGCGGGAGCUGAUGAAGAAGUACGGGAAGGUGGCGCUGGGCGUCCAUCUCUCCGUCUCCGCCGCCUCCAUCACUGGCCUCUACGUCGCCAUCAAGAACAACGUCGACGUCGAGUCCCUCUUCCAGAAAGUUGGCCUGCCCUCCGGCCUCCUCAACAAGGACCCGGCCGCCUCGUCCGGAAACCCCGCCCAGUCCGGCGACCACGCCGUCGUGUUGGACAGCUACGAUGCGGCCGCUCGGCCGCCGCCUGGAGAGGGGGAGGAGAAGAAGAGGAACAGAACGGCGGAGCUGGCGGCGUCGAGCGGUGGAGCGCUGGCGCUGGCGAUCAUCUGCAACAAGGCUCUGUUCCCGGUGAGGGUUCCGAUCACCAUCGCCCUCACGCCGCCAAUAGCCAGACUUCUGGCAAGGAGGAAGCUCGUCAAAACUCACUCUUGCAGGAUAAUGUAUUGUGCGCAUGCGCGUGAGAGAGAGAGAGAGAGUUGCUAUGAAGUUAUGUGCCAUAUGUACUCCAGGAAGGAUAGCCAAUUGUUCUCAAUAAUACAUGCACUAAAGCACACUGCAGUCUGCUAACCAUUAAUUUCACGAUCACCCUGUCUGGAUCACACAGUUAAUAAACUUAUUGGCCUAAAAUCUGACUCUUCGCAUGCUGUUGAUAUGCGGAAUUAAAAUAUGCGGUAGCAUUCCAAUCAUAUGAGGACCAGCCUUUGACUCCACAUUUUGUAGAAAUCCUUCCCAACAAAAUCCCAGCAAUUACGGAGUUUUGCUAGCUACUGCCCAGAAAAGGAGAUUUGUUUCUUCCCAAGUUAAAACUACAAUUUUUAACUGUGGAUCACUCUUAGUGCAAUCUCCUCAUAUCUACUCACACCAUCAUUGUUAUCUGUUCGGAUAGGAAUGCUUUAUUACCUGUCUUUUCAAAAAUAUUUCCAAAUGUUGAUGUAUAAAAGAAGAAAUCCAGAAGUUUUAUGGUCCAGU